AGAAGCUCUCCAAUUAGCCGCUGGUACUGCAAUCUGACGAAUCACGGGCGGGUUUGUUGCGGCGUCCCGGCAAAUAUGGCAGCAGUUGGUGGGCGAUUGCUGAAUAGUAGAGGGUGGCUUCCUUUCCAACUUAUUGUGCGCCAUGGGUCUAAAGCAGUUACACGACACCGCAAGCCCAUGCACAUACUGCGCCAGAAGCUGUUGGCUGUCACAGAAUAUAUCCCACUAAAGCCUGCUAUCCCAGAAAGGUGCAUUAAACCCAAGCGGCAGGAGGUUCAAGAGCCAUCUGCCUUAGAGAAACUGAUACGGCGUGAUGUUGAAAAAGCAUUCAGCGAGAAUAAAAUGAUUGCAGUUUUUCAGAACAACUCCAUUAAUUCUGAGGAACUAAAGCUACUUCGACAUCGAAUGCUAAAACAUGAUAUUCGCAUGAAGUUUUUCCCUAAUAGGGUCCUGCAAUCAUAUGUAACAGAGACCAAGUAUGAGAACCUGCUGCCUUUGUUUAUUGGACGCAAUAUCAUUGCUGUGAGUAAGGAGCCCAAAACAAAAGAGCUACUCCGUAUUGUGCGCAACACACCUCAGAUCACCUUACUAGGUGCCUGUAUUGAAGAUGCCCUCUUUAGCAAGCAGGGAGUUGUUAAAUAUUCCACGCUCCCAGGACUGCAGGUCAUCCGUGGGGAGGUUGUAAGUGGGCUGACUCAGAUGACAUCGCAGACAUAUCAGCUCCUGAACAAUGGUCCCGUGCUCCUCACGACUUUGCUGGGGCAAUACUUGAAACAACAGAAUGAAGCUGCUACUGGACAGAAAAAUUCAGUAAAGGAGGAGCCCAAGGAAACCGAGAGAAUCCAAGGAUCUUAGUUCCCCCUGAACAUAUGGACUAAAAUCAAAGUUUGGAUCUGCAAGUUGUCAUACUGAAAAUGAAUACGAACUAUUAGUUACUAACUUUGAUCUGCAUUUCAUUUUGUAUGGUUAAAACAUAGACUGAAGCAGAAAUAAAUACAUGUUUGUUUCUGCCCAGAGGUGUAAAGGACUACUGGCAGGUGCAACUGUCUUGUGGCUCCCAUCUUCUUCUCCUAAAAUACAGUUUUUACUUUCUAUUUCACCGUAAACGGCAUGAUUUUAAGCAAAAUUACAAAUAAAACGUAUUUAAAACUAUUUAAAACUAAGUGUGAGUUUUAUCUUCCAUCUGUAUAUAAGACCAUAAGAUACGGGCGUAGAAUUAGGCUAUUUGACCGAUUGAGUCUUCUCCCCUAUUCCAUCAUGGCUGAUUUAUUAACCUUCUCAAUCUAAUUU